CACUGUAUCUUGUGUGCUUGUAAUUGCGGAGAUAAAUGACUCCACAUCGGACGGUGGAAAAACACAUCAGCUUCCAUACUUCCCCUUUUACCAAUACGCCGCUUUACGCCAUCUGUGCUCACUCCCAACUCCCACCGAUCUUUCUCUCGUGAAGCACUUCCUUUUCCCGCCUAUUAAAACUCCUCAAUGCAACUCCAAAUGCUCUCUCAAUCUCACUUCCUUUCUCUAAAUCCCCGCACCUCUCUACCUCUUUCCUCAUCAAUCUCCGCCGUUAAUAGCCGGAGAAUCGUCUCCGAUUCGCUUGCUUUUCCACAUUCCGAUACCAAUUCGUUCGCAAUCUCAAGCGGAGUCAAAUUAUCGUCGCCUACGAUGACUUCGAAUUGUAUUCUCGCUAAUCACGGAGAUAUUGCGGAUUUAGGCAUUGAGAACUCUGAGCUCGACAAAUUUGCUGCUGUAGGUAACAAAUUAGCUGAUGCUGCUGGUGAAGUCAUCCGCAAAUAUUUCCGGAAAAGCUUCGAUAUUCUCGAUAAAGAAGAUUCGAGUCCGGUGACGAUUGCUGAUCAAGCGGCGGAGGAAUCUAUGGUGAAGAUAAUUCAAGAGAAUUUCCCUUCCCAUGCAAUUUAUGGAGAGGAGAAGGGAUGGAGGUGUAAGGAGGAAAUUGCAGAGUAUGUUUGGGUUUUAGAUCCAAUAGAUGGGACGAAGAGUUUCAUUACAGGGAAACCCUUGUUUGGCACUCUUAUUGCUCUGUUGUACAAAGGUAAACCGAUUCUUGGCAUUAUUGACCAGCCUGUACUGAAAGAGAGGUGGACUGGUUUAAGUGGGCGGCGCACUAGCUUGAAUGGGCAAGAAAUCUCCACUCGCAGUUGUUCAAGUCUUUCAAAGGCCUACCUGUACACUACUAGCCCACAUUUGUUCGAAGGCGACGCCGAGCUUGCCUUUGCUCGUGUUAGAAGCAAGGUGAAAGUUCCACUGUAUGGAUGUGAUUGCUAUGCUUAUGCCCUAUUGGCUUCUGGAUUUGUGGAUCUUGUAAUAGAGUCUGGUCUUAAGCCAUACGACAUCCUCUCACUUAUACCAGUAAUAGAAGGUGCCGGAGGAAUUAUAACCGACUGGAAAGGACAACAACUUACUUGGGAAGCUUCUGCUGGUUCACCAGCCACAAGUUUCAAUGUAGUGGCAGCAGGUGAUAGACAAGUUCACCAGCAAGCUGUGGAUGCAUUGCAGUGGCAGUAGGCGCAGCAAUAUUUCAAUUUAUGUAGUUGAAGUUGUUCAUGGAGGAGAUUAAGAAACAAAGGGAUCUCAUUGCAUAGGCUUAACUCCCUUGGGCGUACAUGAAUGCUAUUAAAUAUUUUCGACCUAGACUCUAGGUUAAUUUAAAUUGUUAAACUGAAUUAUGGUAGUCCACUGUUGUAACCUCACACUGUUAAUUGGUUCAUCUGACUAAUUGACUACUUGGCUUUUCCUGUUCUCA